AUGACGUACGAGCCGGGGUUGACUGAACUACGCUCGGCCAUACUUCAUGCUCACAUUGUAGCGAUUGAAGCUCGCCGCGAUGGACGACAUGUGAAGAUAAUCGAACUGAUGGAUCUCGAAGUCAAACUGGCGGAGGCCCAGUAUGACUACGCGCGGCACGUACGAGAGACGACUCCACAAUCGUCCUCCACUUCUCCACGCGUCUUACCAUCGCCGACCGACAAGGCGAUAGCGCAGAUUGAUGGCGGUGAUGCCCAAGCCGCCCGACUACUGUCGUACUUCGGUUACAUCCUACGGCGCUCAGGUAGUUGGGGCGUCAGGGCGAUCCACGACGUUCGCAUCCUUAAUUCCUCGCUUCUUCACUGGGAAGCUUUGCAUGACUUUCAAGAGGGCGACUUGCGAGCUCCAGUGCUAUCUGCGGAUCUUCGUAAACACGCAUAUUGUCGCCGGUACACCUUCCGUGCCUCUGACGGACAUACACCAGAGACGAGCCAAGCCGAUGCAAUCGCUCGUUCCUUCGUCGUCCUCCGAGGAUGCACAUUCGCGGAUGCAAGCCGUAUGUUCGGUACACUGGGCCUCGCAGCCUUGGCCGCGGCCCUUGUUCAAGCGCGCAGCGUCGAUGACGCAUUUGCUGAGGCUUUUCCCAGCCUCACGCAGGAGCUCACUUUACUGUUGAACUCCCUAGCCGACUCGCACAGCCUAAAGGGCGAGAAAUCUGCAGAGCACCGUACGGUGUUUGCGGUCCUCAAACUCCGCGCUCCUGAGGCUACGAUGUGCGCAACGGCAGCGCUUGAGCAUAUGAUACCUGGAUAUGUCGCGUCCCGGGUCGCCAGCAUCAUGAUUUAG